UAUGAAAACUAUUUUACCGCAUAAUCGAAUCGGAACCAGACGAACAGCCGAUCAAACACACACAAAACAAAACCUUCUUCUUCACUUCACAAUUCCAAAUCAAAAUUCCCUUCUUCCUUUUUCCCUCUUAUCUCUCUCAAAAUCUCUUCCUUUUAAUCAAACCUUCCCUCCAAUUUUUUCCUCUUCUCCUUCAAUCCGAUUCAGCGGAUAAUGCUCUUUGCAUCUGAAAGUUAUCUGGUUUCGCCAUUCAACUUGUAUUUGAUGCACUGAACUGCCUGCCUUAGUGUCCCAUACUAUCCAUCUCCAGUAAUUUGUAUUCAGAAUCUGUAGUGGAGGAAGAGUGCUGGAUAGUCUUUAAAAAUGUCGAGUGGAUCGAUGAGAAGAGUCUCACGCCAAGAUAUUCAGUUGGUGCAAAAUCUGAUUGAACGAUGCCUUCAGCUAUACAUGAACCAAAAGGAAGUUGUGGAUACACUGCUGAAUCAAGCAAAAAUCGAGCCGAGUUUUACAGAACUUGUUUGGCAAAAACUUGAAGAAGAGAAUCGUGAAUUCUUCAGGGAGUAUUAUCUGAGAUUAAUGGUGAAGCGCCAGAUAGUUGAAUUCAACAGGUUGCUUGAGCAACAAGUUCGGAUGAUGCAAAUACAGGAAACUGGAGUUACUCCAUUGCCUACUGCCAAUGGAUCACUCGUCCAACAAAUGCACCCGAAUCCAACAUAUUCAGUAUCUUCACUUAAGCAGAAUAAUGUGCAGCAUCCUUUUGGUAACAGCAUGCCAAACAAUGCAUUUCUCAAUGGUGCCAUGUCCUUGCAUUCGAGAAUGCAUCCGACAGUUGACAUGUCUGCACAUGCAAGUAGGAUCGAAGCACCACAGUCUAUACUACCAACCCAAAGCUCAAACAUAGGGUUGAAUGGUAGGACAAUAAAAUCUGAAACUGGAUAUUCAAGCAAUUCCUCUUAUAUGUAUGGGGGUGUCGAUGGCAAUGUAGUGGAAGCACGCCAAACAAUAGGGGAUGUAUCGGUGGCUCCUUUCUCUGGCAUGGAGUCCAGUGCUCAACCCAUGAAUGAACCACUCCUGGAACCUGACACUUCCUCAUUUGGAUUUCUUGGUCAGAUUCCUCGGAAUUUCAGCCUAUCAGAUCUAACAGCAGACUUUUCGCAGAGUUCAGAUAUACUGGAGAGCUAUGCUAGAUCUCCUUUUCUCGCUACAGAAGCUGAGAACUUCAUGGAUAUUCGCGAAAGAGAACAUCAAGAAGACAAUAAAAGGUCGUUGGAUACCAUAUCAGAAGGCUUGAGUUAUGAGGACUUCGGAAGUGACUCAUGAGUCUUAUUUCCUGUUUGGUUAGAUUAAGAUCUUUAUUUUCUUUUGGAGGAAAUGGGGUUUGACUGAUAAUGUUUGGGUAGUUUCAAACUUUGAAAUGCAUCAGAUUUGGGGGUUUUUUUUCCCUUUCAAAAAAGAAGAGGAAGAAAAGCACAAACUUCUGAUUAUACUGACAUCACAACAUGUAGUGGUAAAGCUUUGGUUCGAUUCCAGAAAUGUAUGUAAAGUCAUCAUUUUCUUUUUCUCAAGUUUCUCGUUUGGUCUCAAUUGAUUUUCUUUUGAUAGGAUUUGUACCUGGCUUGGUUCGUGUUUUUUUUUUUUUUUUAAUAAUAAAAAUCUUUGGUCGAAAUUAAAUGUAACAAUGUUUAGAUGACAUUGUAUCCAAAGUAUCUUAGAUUAGACACAUUUUCGUUUGUUUGGUUUAGUUUAGGGUUUGAAUGAAGCAAAUAGUUUGGUGCCCUUCUUUUAAUUUCAAGUAACUUGAAUAUCAGAGAUUCUUUUUAGUUAGAGAAAUACUUUUAAUUCUCAAGUCAACUAUUUUAUA